AUGUCCACAGCUGCAUCUUUGUCGAUGACGCUUCCCAACGAACUAUGGCUUCCAAUUUUCGAAUACCUGCCUCCACAGUCGCUUCGUAAUGUUAUUUUAACGUCGAAGAAAUUUCAUGCUGUCGCCAUCCGUCUUCUUUACAAGCAUCUGAUUCUGACGUCCCCGACAUCGUUUGUAGAGGCGCGCCCCGCGCUAUCUUCCAUCCAGCCUGCACCACACGCUCUUCUUCUUGGUAUUUCUCCGUUCGUACGCACCGUGGAGCAGCUACAAGAAGCUGUCGCUGUUGUUUCCUUUGAUGGGUCCAAGCCAAUUACUGUCAACACUAAAAACAAUCGCCAAUCGACCAGGUCUCUUUUCUCUGAAAUUAAGGAUACCUACCAACCACGCUUGGUUGCGGAUAUGACACUCUACAACACCCUCCUAUCACAAGUAUCCUCGUUUAUAUCUCUCAGACAGCUCGUCUUCCGUGGUAUGAUUAUCCCAGGCAACUUCCACUCCAUCCUACACGACUUUCCGCACUUGCAUGAUUUGGCAGUUGUGCACUGCACCGUUCCGUUCGUCCGUGCCCCUCCAGACAUUGACCAUACUUCCCUGAAAAUCGAAACUCUCACCAUCCUUGAUAUUCGUACUACGUCUCGAUCUGAGGACGACGACAUGCAUCUUCCCCGUACCCGUCUACGCCUUCUCGCAAAGGCCUCCACCCUCCGCACCCUCACAUAUGACCACACCGUCUGGGUACACCGCGCCUUCACAUCUGCCUCCCCAUCUCCCCCGCUUACUGCUCUCGACGUCAAGUUCCCCAUCCAGAAAGACCGUCCCAGAGUCCCACUGGGCUUUAUCUCAUUCCUAGAGACUCUCCCUUCCCUCCGUACUCUCAUCCUGCGAAACCACGUCCCCGCUCUUUCACUGUCGCCAAAUGGUCUCCCAGCCCUCUGUACUAUUUCUGCCCCUUUCUCUACUAUCACGUCUCUCUGUUUCGGCCGUAGAAUCGGCAAACUCGAUAUUUGCGAUGAAGUCAUGCUCACACCGCUCUACAAGGUAUUUGCAGAAGUUCACUCUCACUUGCUAAUGGUGCAAGAGCUUUCGCUGUUCUUGGGAGACUGGGAUGACGAGGUCUUGCUGGCCAUUGUCGCACAUUUUCCCAAUUUAACCAAGUUACAAAUUAGGUAUGUGAGGGGCGGGCCAAGUGAGGAUACUAUCAUCGGCAUGGGCUCACGUACACUGUACGCUCUUCCACACAUUGUAUCCGUACACAUCUUCUGCAUCCCUGGUCCCCCGCCCCUUCAGACCUUCCUUGAGACGAAUACCCGCGAUGACGAUACCGCAUAUGGCGCCCCUGGCAUCGACGACACUUAUUUCCAGAGUAUGCAUAACAUCGAUCCGGUUACAGACACGAAGGGUGAUGAAGAUGAUGAUGGCGUACCCCGUGACCAGGGCCAUGCUGGCAACUCGCAAAAUAUUGUCGUCUAUCAACCAGACGUUGACGUAGACUUGAACAUGGACAUGGACGUGUACGCCAUGUAUUGCUGCCACGGGACUCGCAUCGGGUUGCCGUGCCAUGAGUGCACAACUGCCGAGCAGCGGGCGCGUUCCAACCAAACUAUUGAUAAUUUGGAGUCCAACCACAACCCUGAACCUGAGGUCGAGGAGCCCCUAUCACCGGAGACGGAGCCGUUUGACGAUUAUAAUCGUGAACUUGUCAUCGCUUGGAACCGUGCUUGUACUGGACUCCGCACUGUUCAGCUGCACCUGGGGUGGGUGUGGCGGCGUGCAGACCCUGAUGACUCCUGGGUUGCGAGGCCAUGCGAAUUGGGCAUUUUUGGUGAUGUCUUUGAGUCACCAUUUGGCGAACCGAGUUUAUUGUUAGGGAAUCAAUGUUCUAGUUACGCAUCCAGACGACGACGUGACUAG